CAAAUAAUGAACCAAUCAGCUGAUGAAUGUCGAUUCAUGAUUUGAAAUUGAUUGUUUUUUCUCAACAAUAAUAAAAUGUGCAAAGGCCAUGUGGUUGUUUGAUUAAAUUUAUUAUGAAUUUUUAUACAAUUUUUGUUCUCGACUCCUGUCUUAGAAGAGUUCUUGUCGAUAGAAAUUUCAAAACUGCUUUUAUCUUGGACAAAAAAUGACUUGAUAAUGAAGGGAAGUAAUUGUCUAUCAGUUAGAAUAAUCAGAAAUAUAUAAUUGUCAAUAAAGUAUUAUCUAUCAUUCAAGGUUUACAUAAUCAAAAUAGAAAAUAAGAUGGACAAUAUCACAUUUGGGACAGCCGAUUAUGUAAUAUUUAGCUUGAUGCUGGCUUUCUGUGCAGGGAUUGGAGUCUAUUAUCGUUUCACCGGAGGCAAACAGAAAACUAGUAAGGAGUUUCUUCUCGCAGACAGAAACAUGUCUAUCAUUCCUGUUGGUUUCUCUUUGAUGGCCAGUUUUAUGUCCGCUAUCAGUUUACUAGGUGUAUCAUCUGAAAUUUAUAGUUUUGGCACUCAGUUUGUGGUCAUAAACAUUUCUUAUAUCAUUGGCACACCCAUAGCAGCAUUUCUUUUCCUACCAGUAUUUUUUCAGAUGGAUUUAACAAGUGCAUUUCAGUAUUUGGAACAAAGAUUUGGUGUAGCUACUAGGCUCAUUGUUUCGCUAACAUUCAUGAUUCAAAUGAUUCUAUAUAUGUCGAUAGUUCUAUAUGCACCAGCAUUAGCUUUGAGUGCCGUCACGGGACUGUCGUUAUGGUCUUGCAUAAUUUCUAUAGGGAUUGUUUGUACUUUUUAUUGUACAUUGGGAGGAAUUAAGGCUGUUUUAUGGACAGAUGUCUUUCAGUCAAUUCUAAUGUUUGCUGCCAUGUUUGCUGUUAUCAUUAAAGGAACUAUUGAUGUUGGGGGAUUGGGUGAAGUUUGGAGAAUAUCUCAAGAAGGCAAACGCAUAGAAUUUUUAAAUUUUGAUCCUGAUCCUACGGUGAGGCAUUCCAUAUGGACAUUAACCGUCGGUGGCAUUUUCGUAUAUGUUUCUAUUUAUGCCGUAAAUCAAACUCAAGUUCAAAGGCUACUGACUGUGAACAGUCUUAAAAAAGCACAACAAGCACUUUUUGUCAACUUGCCAAUUACGGCUUUUCUCAGUCUAACAACAUCAUUUACGGGAUUAGUCAUAUAUGCUAAUUUUUACAAAUGCGAUCCAUUGUCUGAUUCAAAAAUUAAAUCAUCUGAUCAACUAUUACCAUAUUUUGUAAUGAAAUCUCUUGGUCAUCUGUCUGGAUUACCUGGUCUCUUUGUUGCCGGUAUCUUCAGUGGAGCAUUGAGCACCAUGUCAUCUGCUAUAAAUUCAUUAGCGGCAGUCACUUUAGAAGAUUACAUCAAGCCUUUUUAUUAUAAAAAUCACAUAUCGGAAAAGAAGGCUGCAAUUAUAUCCACCGUUCUCGCAUGUUUUUAUGGAAUGUUAUGCAUUGCACUCACAUACGUUGCGGCUCAACUUGGAGGAGUGUUGCAAGCAUCCUUGACUAUAUUUGGAGUCGUGGGGGGACCAAUUCUUGGGUUAUUUUCACUGGGGAUGUUUUGUAAAAGAGCUAAUCAGAAGGGUGCUAUAAUUGGAUUGUUGGCAGCUCUUACGAUUUGUUUUAUAAUUGGUUUCGGUUCUUCCAAAUAUCCACCAACCAAACUGCCAAUGAGAACAGACGGUUGCUCUUUAAAUAAUACAAUUAAUGUAGAAAGUACUGUGGUAAAUAACAACUUUACCAUACCAAUAUUUUCUAACGACACCAUCUCUACAAUUGCACCAUCUGAAGAUAAGUCUAGUGAUGUUUUUGUACUGUAUAAAAUAUCUUACAUGUGGUUUGCUGGAUUAGGAUGGAUCUUAGCUUUUGUGAUUGGAAUUAUCAUUAGUUUUGUAACAGGUGGAGCCAAAAAUGUUAGUCCAACUUUGCUCAGUCCAGUUGUUGUACGUGGUAAGGAUAAAUGUGAACAAAAUGGUAUUACUCUUAAAGAAAAUGAACAGCCGUUCCUGGAUGUUGUAGCAAAUGAAACAGAUUAUAAUGGAGAAAAUGUAAAGUUAACAAUAAAUGGGAGCAACAAAAGGAGCGAGCAAUAGCCAUAAAGUGUUGCCAAAUCAAAUUCUAAGAAGACGGUCUUCACUCUGCAGCUGAGAAGAAUAUCACGACAUUUAGAUUAAUCAACAUUCGGGUAAUUUUUGCUACUGUGAUAAUAUUUAAAUUAUAUUUUGAUAUCUUAUAAAUGUGGAUGUACUUAAAAACACAAAUAUUAUAACCGGUAAUUAUAAUUUUUGUGGAAUGAUUGGAUAUUUUAAUUUUUAUUGUGAUUCAAUAUCAACCAAUGAAGAAUUUUAAGUUGAAAUCUUAAACAUAAUGAACAUUGUGAAGCUUUAGAAUCAUGGUUGUGAAAAUUCAGUUAGGGAGGAGAUGAGAAAAUAGACUAUUUUACUAGAAAAAAAAUUAUUUUUCCUACAUUGGAUCCAGGGCCGGAUCAUCACAUAGACAAAUGAGACAAAUGUCUAGGGCCCGGUUUUUAGAAGGGCCUGGUCAAACUGUCUAUUUUGAAAAGAUUUGUAAAUAAGAUAGUUUACUUUUCUGCUGGACGACUGUAUAUAUUAAACAAAUAAACAAAAAUAUAUUGUAAACAAAAAUAUAUUGCUUUUUAUAUGGUUAUUGUGAAUUCUAAAAUCUAAAGAAAAUAUGUUCUUGUGUGGGAGGGGGCUCGGUAAGAAGAAAAUGUCUAGGGCCCCAAAGUGGGUUAAUCCGGCCCUGAUUAGAUCACAUAUUUAUCUGUCUCAAUCACAAAAUAUUGGAUAUCAUUAAUUAAUGGUAUUUUUUAAUCAGGUUAUU